AUUCAACCCAUCGUCACCGUUCCUCACCCGCUCUCAAUUCAAUUCCCAGCAAAACAAAGCACAGAAACUACGUCCAUGAAUCAUGAAUCUCCUCAAAAUUCAUCCCCAACCCUUGUUCUUCUUUCAUUUUCCCAAAACUACCUCUUCUCAUCAACCUAAAUUACCACUCCAAUUUACCUCUUCUUCUUCCACAACUCUUUUUCAUUCUCUUUCUCUCUUCAAACCCAGCUUCAAACUCUCUUGCAUUUCGCAGGCCAAAACUUCGUUUCUUAAUAAUGAAGAAGAAAAACAAGGUAUCAGCGUUAGUAAUACUUUAUCAGAAUUUGAUGACUUAGCCCCAGACGGUGUCGUUUACCAAAAGACACUGAGAUUGGUGGAGUGCUCUAUGUUCGCUGCAGUUACUGGCCUUGUUUACUUCUUGAGCAAUUCUCUCUCCAUCGAGAAUUACUUUGGAUGUUUUUUCUCAUUGCCGAUAGUAAUCUCUUCAAUGAGAUGGGGUGUUGCAGCUGGGAGGAAAACUAUGGUGGCGACGGCCAUGCUAUUGCUUGUCUUGUCUGGUCCUGUGAAAGCUUUAGCCUAUCUGCUUACACAUGGUUUGCUUGGUUUUACAAUGGGUUCUCUGUGGAGGAGGGGGACAAACUGGGGUCUUUCCAUUUUCUUGUGCACCAUUGCACGUUCAACAGGUGCAAUGGGGUAUAUUAUGACAUCCUCCUUCUUAAUAAGAGAGAACAUACUUGCAUUGAUCACCAUAAACAUUCAUGCUUCUCUCACGUUCAUUUUCUCUGCCACGGGUGUUAAUAUAAUUCCAUCAAUGAAUGUGAUAUAUGCUAUAUUUGGAACUUUGGUCUUACUGAAUAGCGGAUUUUUUGUGUUCCUUCUCCACCUAUUGUACACCGUGUUUCUUACCAGAUUGGGGAUGAGGCCUUCCCUCAGAUUGCCAGGAUGGCUAGAGAAGGCUUUAUAAUGGUGUCAGAGAUUGUCCUUUUCCUGUAACUUGUACAAUACAAUCUAAGUUAUAGUAAAUUGAAUACCCAUUCUUUA